AUGAUAUUACCAAAUCUACAACGAGUAGUCAUUGAACGCAAAGAGGAAUUCGAGGAUAUUCGUGGGAUUGCGGAACAACUUGGCGCGCCUGGGGUUCUCUCUGUCGUCACAGGCCUGAUGGACCGCUACAUUCGCUUGAAAAGCCGAGUGCAGGUAAGGCUUUAA